ACACCUUUCCGUUAAUUUUCUCAAGUAACCCACAUUUCGAUAAAGUUGCAGCUAACGGUUCUGUGGAGGCAUCAACAACAAUGGGGGGUUUCAAUCCAGCAAUCGAAUUGAGUAUUCUUCUUCUCCUCCCAUUCCUCUCAUCUCCUUCUUCUCUCUCUCUCAAUCUACCCAAUACAACAGUAUACGAAAUCCUCACUAAAUUCAACCUUCCUCCAGGGCUUUUACCUAGUUCUGUAAAAUCUUACUCUCUUUCCGAUGAUGGAACAUUUGAAGUUUUACUGGACAAGCCUUGUUAUGUGGAGUUUGAGUAUUUGGUUUAUUAUGAUGAGAAGGUUACUGGGAAGCUGAGUCUUGGGUCGAUUACUGAUUUAGAAGGAAUUCAAGUUAAGAGAUUCUUGUUGUGGCUAAACGUGAAUGAGAUCCGUGUGGAUUUGCCAUCGUCUGGGAGUAUUUACUUUCAAGUUGGGUUCAUUAACAAGAAGCUUGAUAUCAAUCAGUUUGAAACUCCUCGUUCUUGCCGGGAUAAUGGUUUGGUUAUGUGUGGAGGACCAUCUCUGAGACAGCUUCCGGCUCCUGUCAAUAAUAUGGAAAUGUUUGUUACAGAGUAGCCUGGGACCUAAUAUGCAUAUCAAGCCAAAAGUUGGGCAGAUGGAGAUAUCAUAUACUUCAUCUGUUCACUUCUUUUGAAGCCGGGGACUGUUAAUGCUGAAUGUACUAGAUGUAUGAUCAAGAAAUUUACGAUUCCACGAAUAUAUUAUGUAUAACGAGCUUGUCUUUGAUGUAUGCUUCUCUUCCUCCCCCACCUCCUGCUCUGUUCCACCAAUUUCCGCAAAAAGAUUAGAGGAAAAAUAAAUAAAGAAAUGCAUAUAAUCCAGUGUUGAGUUGAAUUUCAA